CUGAUUGCAGGUGCAGAGACUCAGCAGCAAGUUCCUGGAACCGCAUCAACGGAGGAUGAUAGGUCAAAGUCAGCACCUACUUCCCCAUGUGAUCAAGAAAUCAAAGAGCUGGAAAACAACAUUAGGAAAGCGCUAUCAUUUGACAACCGGGGAGAGGAACACAGGGCAACAGCUACAACAUCCGCAGACAACCAGCUUAAAGCUGGGGAGAAUGGUGAAAAUGGGGAGCUCAAACAAGCCCAGAGCAAGCGAAUAGGCCUUGAAGAGUUCAACUUCAUCAAAGUAUUAGGAAAAGGCAGCUUUGGCAAGGUCAUGUUAGCAGAGCUAAAAGGUAAAGAUGAAGUGUAUGCAGUGAAAGUCUUGAAGAAAGAUGUUAUUCUUCAGGAUGACGAUGUGGACUGUACGAUGACAGAAAAGAGGAUUCUGGCAUUAGCACGGAAACAUCCAUACCUAACACAGCUUUACUGCUGCUUCCAGACAAAG